AUGAGGGUGGCUGCCAGUGGCGGUGCUGAGCCCCAUCUUUCCAUUCUCCCAGCAACAAAUCCACUACAGAAACCGUCUGGGCAGCAGGUACCUCUAUUAUGUACAGUUGAAGGAGCUUCCGAGGACACCCGUCCCGGUAUAAUUUGGAGCAAACACGGCGGACUUGACAGGCAAGCAACUGGUAAUGCGGAAGUAAAGUCACUUGAUCAUCACACUAUGAGCCUUCUCAUCAAGAAUGCUACCGCCGAAGAUUCCGGUGUAUACACCUGUCAAGCGCAGCUUGGAAAUCAUUUACUGUCUCAAACAAGAACUUCACUUUUCGCUUCUAAGAAAACUGCGGUUGGGCCUGUCAGGCCUGGUGGUGCGGCGAACCUCAGCUGUGAGGUUUCACCAGCAUCCGUGAAAGUUCGUACGGUAUGGACACGAGAAGGAGUGGCCAUAGAUCAAGGUAACUGUUGUAGUGCAUAUGGAUCUGAAAGAACUUUGGCU